GUAUUGCCGUGACCGUUGCGGCGAACCUACCUGGCGCGUCGCGUAAGAAUUUUUCAAAAAUUUCGCCGGGAUUUAAAUCUACGCGAUCGUUUGUUUCCCUAGUUUUUUUUUCUUUUUUUUCCCCCCGAUUUUCUUCCUUUCUUUCUAUUUCUAUUCGAAUCGUCACCCUUGUACCUCGAGAGUGUCAGAGUCAAGAAUAAUUUUCAUUGAAAAAAAAAAUUUUUUCAACCAUCCCUCGUUCCAUUUGAUUGUGUAAUUUUUAAACGAAUUGAAAAAAAAAAAAAUAAUUACACGUGUGACGUUUUUGUGAGUGAUUUUUUCAAAUUUCAAUUUCGCACAAUCUACGUGUGCGAGAUAAAAAAAAAUAGAGGAAAGAUAAUAUAGUGUGGAUUGCAGAUACGAAUAUUUGCUGUCACGGUGACCUUCAGGUAUUUUGUUUUGAGAACGACCCCGCCAACUGGUUCAAGUUUACAGUGGAUUUUAAAAAUCUUACGAACUCCCUCUAUCUUCUCAUAAUUUUAUGAAUUCAGUAUCGAGUUCGUUUUACGAAUUGUUACAGAAGAAUAAUUAUUAAUCAACCAAGUUUUCUAAUUAAAAUUUUUGUAAUUUUUACAGUGUUAUUUCUGAUAUCGUUUUGAUACAAGUCAACGUCUCUUAUCUUCGUAUACAGAACUAAACUGCGAGUGCCGCGACCCUGUGUGAGAUCUAAAUAAACACGUACCGUAUAUUAUACCCAACGAUAGAGAAAACUAAUAGUUGGGAAAUAAGUAAAAAACGGUUUUCUAAAAUAAAUGAAAAAAAGUGAAGCGAAUGUUGUGGAAUAAAAGUGUUUAGUGAUAUCGAAGUUUUUGGCGCUCUUUUUUGAUUUGGCUGUCAAACUCUAUCCAAUCAGGAACGGAUACUCGAGGAGCGAAACGUCAAAACACCACGUGGAAGGUGACGACGUAGCGAUCGUCAUGAACUCAGAAGCUGGGCCUAUUAUAGACGCUGCGCCGAUAAGCUAGGACUGGAAGAAAAAAAUCUGAAGAAAAAUCGUGAAAAGGAAGAUAUUAUGGAGACCGCUUCUGCAGAGGCCCAAACAUCGGAGAACGGGGAGCCGGCCAAAUCCGAUAAUGCGGCUCCAGCGAAGGAAGCGAACGCGGUUUCGAAAAUCGACAUUGGUGGUUCGGAUGGUAAAAGUUGUAAAAAGUUAUCCCCCGCGCCGUUGAUCGUGCAGAAAAAUAGGUUGAAAAUAUUUACAAAUUUUCAAUCGGGUGAAUCGGGUGAACGUGAUAUCGCCAGUGGUGCAGGUGUCUUGAAUCGACGAGAUAAAAUCACGCUCUUAUCAAACACCGAUAAGGACUGUGCAGGAAAAAAAUUCAAUAGCGAAGAAACCGACAAAAUCAAGGACACGUGUCGUCGGGAUAACUAUGUCGUCAGGGAUCCCUACAAGGAAUUCGAAUUGUAUCUCGAAAAAGUAAACGAGGAAAUCGGGGAGAUCAUAGAGUCGGUUCCGUCGACGCCUCUGAUUUUGUCGGCCGAAAAGGAGGAGGAGCCGCGUUUCCCGGAUCCUUCGGCGACGCCGAGGAACUCGACGCCGAGGUGGUCGGGAUCGAGCGCGAUUCGUACGCUAGGUACGAAGUCUCUGCCGAGUAAGAGCAGCCAGCUGUUGAGGAGACAGAAUUCGGAGGGAUUCGGCGGGGCUUGUUUGCCGAGCGACAGAAACGGCCGAGUCAAAAAAUUGGAGGCCGAUUGGUCGGACGAUAUUUUGGCGGAGUUGAAUAACUUCAUCGCUAAGGAGAUAAGCGAAUUGAAUAAUGAGAAAGUUUCGAAAAAUUCGAAGAGGAGGAAUUUGACGGUGAAACACGAGGACACCCCGGUCAAGUACAGGGAACUUUUGAACGAAUUCGGUAUAUCCGAUAGCGACGACGGCUCGGAAUCGGAAUUUUCGAAAGGCGAUGAAAAAUCGUCGAACAACCAAGGGGUACUCGAUACCGGUUGCCCCAAAUUGUUGAACUCCGACUACGACGAACCUAGAGAUAAAUUGGAAACUGCGGUUCUCAACGAUAGGAGAAAAAGCUCGAGUCUUCCGUUGAGCUUUUUGAAAAACCGAAGAAAAGAAGGGAGGAACGUCAAAUCGAGCCGGGAUGUGAACGACGUCGAUAUUUACAGUUCGGAUUACGACGAACCGAACGACGUUAUCGUACAUCAUCGCGCCGAUAUCGACCACCGCGAACUCGAUAACGAUGAUUUCGAUAAAACAGGAUCUAGUCUACCCUUACGCUUAGAUGAGAACGAGAAAAACCGGAGAUAUUCCAAAAGUUUUAACGAAAACUUUGCCGCCCCCGAUAACGCCGGUGAAAUAUUACCAAAGAAUAAUAAUUUAGACAUAGGAUUAAGAGGACCGAGCGAUCCGGCGAUCGGAUCGUUUCAGCUGAAACAAAACUCGUACGAACUUCACGACAAACUUCCCCCGAAGUACAACCAUCCGAAGCCGCUGACAAACGCACCGAGAAAAUCGAGCCUACCGAAUUCCUCGCAACAGCAGCAACAGAAGAAGAAAAAGAAUCCCCAUCAUCCGUCGAUAAAAACCACGAGAAAAAAAUCGAACAAUUUCAACGAGUACAAUGAGAGCAUCUGUUGCACCGGAGGAAGCAGCCCGGCCGAUCCCGACUACGACGACGUGCAAGUUUUCAGUAAAUCGCACGAGAUGAUAUCGCGGUCGAAAUCGUUGGAGAACAACAUAGCGGAGGACACGAAAUCGGCGCCCGUCACACCGACCGACGAGAAACGUCUGCCGUUCGCGAAAUUUCUGAAAAAAAAACACGCCAAUGUUUUUUCCAACAAAAAUUUGGAGGCCGUCGUCCUCGUCAGGGUGUCUUCCCUGCCGGACGAGGAUCUGAUGAACCUCUCGAACGACAAAAAGUCCGAAUCCCGGGGCGCGAAAAAUUCGGACGCGAAACGCAGCGUGCGAUCCAUCUCGCCGUUCACCUUGAGGUCCGACGUAUCGGCGAAGAGGCUGUCAGAGUCGGACAAAGACGUGAGGCAGAUCAGCCCCGUGGAAUUGAAAAAGUUCAGCGUGCUAUCGAACUCGAAAGGAAACGACGUCGCUGUUUCGUGCGACAUCGAGAGCGGAAGUUGCAACGGCGGCUCGAGAAGCAACGAGGAGGAAUACGAGUCCGGAAGCACCUCGUCGCGUGCGGUGGAAAAUCCGCUGGAAAUACAUCGGGAGAAUGAGGAGAAGGGGCGAGUCGUCGAUGAGCAGAACGCCAGGUCCGGAUCGCUGCCGAUUUCGCUGCAGUCGUUGUUGUCCCGUCUGCGAAACGGUUCCGGCGGCUCGUCGUCGUGUUUUCCGAACACCCUGCAAAUCGAGAACGUCGAAUGCUCGGAAAUCGGCACCCAAACGUCGCCGGCCCUAUCGAGAAGCUCGAGUUCGAUGUGGGUCAGCGAUUGCGACUCUCCGAGAGCCGAGUCGACGGUCGACUCUCAGUCCCUCCGCGACGAGAGUACCUUGGAUCAAGGUUCGCCGCAGGACACCGUCGACGACGACAACAGAUCGUCCUCAUCCUCCCAGGACCUUUUGCAAAGCAUGGACGAAAUAUCGUCCGGUAGUUUGUCCCCCGAAGUCAACGACAGGGACAGAUCCUCACCGUUGGAAAGUGGCAUAGGAACCGCAAGCCCCCCAAGGAGCACGGAAAGGAGGUUGAGCAAACCGCCCACCUACAACAAGUGUCACCGCAAAGAGACCUGGGAAAGGAUACGCCGGAGACCUUCCAAGGUCAAUUCGAGAUCCGAUAAAAAUUCAGAGGACGUUUGGGUAAGGAGAGAAAGUGUCCACACCCAGACCAGGGAUCAGGACGACGACCGGUACCCUCAGGAGACCGUCGACAGUAGCAGCGGACUCGACGAUUCUUUGCCAAGAAUUAAACCCCUAAGACCGACCAACUUGCCGCUCGGUUCUUUCGGGACGGCGAGCAGCUCCAUGAGUUCCGGGGAGUUAUUAGAGUCGCCCCCCAGAGCGCCGUCAUCCCCUUCAGCUGCAAGCUUGCAAUUAAAACCCGAACCAAUGACGGUUGAAUUGGGCGGUAAGAGCAGCAGUGCGCCACUUCUGGAAAACGGUGACGAUUCGAAAGGGAAGGACGAACAUCUGGUGAUCAUGCUGCAGCAGCCGAGGUCACAAUCCGAGCGAUAUUUAUCGGAAAUCGAGGCGCAGGAGGCUUGCAAAUGGUUGAGAGCCGCUGGAUUCCCUCAGUACGCCCAGAUGUACGAAGAUUACCAGUUUCCGAUAGAGGUUUCUGGAGUAGCGAAGGAUCAUCCCUUUCUCGACGCCGAUUCUCUUCAAAGUCUUUUUCGGAGGCUCCACGCUCUGAAUCGAUGCGCCAAUAUGAGGCUCGAUACUCAUCACUCUCAUCACACGACCAGCCACAACAAGCCCGGUGGCGAUGACUCCGAUGAGGACAAUCAGUGCGCGUUGAGCGAAAAUUGGACCUUCGAAAAGAAGACGAGGAGGUGGUCGAGGGUCGGGGACGUCACCCAGUCUACCGUUGACAAGUUGCAAGCAAUCGCCGACGAGAACGUCAGGCCGGACGACGAGGACGACUCGCUGGAGGAUCGCCUGGAGGCCGAAGAGGCCGAGGACACGAUGCUCGACACGCUCAAGUACGGGAGUCUUCCACCCGGACCAUUGACGGACGAGAUGGGUCAAAGAUUUCGAAGAACAGGUUCCGAGAGGCUCAAGGACAGCGCAAAAGCCUUCCUCAGGAGAGUGGAAUCGCUGAAGUCACGCAGAAGGAAGCGACAGAAUCGCGACGGCGUUGUUAUCAGCGGACCCCAAGUACUGGACGUUAUUUCGAUGCAGCAAAAAAUGAAGGAUCUGAAUUGCGUGGACGUUUCGCCGACCGGACCCGCUCCCAUUUCUUUCAACGAUCUCCUACCGGCUUCGCCGCUUCAUCUUCCUCCUUCGCCUCUGACGCUUCCUUCUUCGCCCUUUCAUCUUCCCCCGUCGCCCCUCGCCAACAACCAGAGUCCCUUCGGCGACGAUUCCUCGAGCUACUGUUCCGACGGAUCCCAGGGCGGUGGUCCAGUGCCGACGCCCACGAGGACGAAGAUGAACAGACCGAGGCGAUUCCUUCAUCGCGGCACCCGCGAGGAUCAGGGAGCUCUGAGCGACUCGGAAUGCCAGCCGACCAGCUGGAGGCACAGGUAUUUCAAGGACGCCAACAGCAACCACUGCACCAAAGUACCGGAGUACGUGAACGCUCAGCCUACGCCUCAGAGCCCGAAGGAUUCAGGGGCGAAAUCGAUCUCGUCCGUGACAAAUCGUGGCGGUAGUCUGAAUCUCGGCAAGGAGUCGCAGAGGUACAGGGACAAGUUCAAUCAGUGUCAGGAGUCGAGGUACAGCAAGGAGGAGAAAACGACGGUCGGUGGCAAACGGGACGAAAGACUGUACAAGAGUUUCAGGAGGGGUAGGGAAGAUCUUUACGGCGAGGAAGCGCAAACCAUCAAGGACGUAACGAUAUACAGAGAAAAAUCGAGGUCCCGGAGCUCGGAGCUUGCGGGAAGUCAGGAGAGUAGCUCGACCGUCGCGAGUAGGGAUUCCGAUCAGGAGGAGGAAUCGCCUAGACACAAAGGAACCGUUGUCAGGUGGCACAGUUUCCAGAGGGGAUCUCUUUACCCGGAACCUCUGGAUCCGCUCUGCCCGAGGGCAAUGGCUUCGAUGUCGUGCGGUCAGCUUUUGGUACUGAGAAAAGUUGCCCUCUUGAAACUCACCGCCUCGAUGGAGAGAUACUGCCCGACGCACCGCACCGGAUGGAAUUGGGAACUCCCCAAAUUCAUCAGGAAAAUAAAAACGCCGGAUUACAAGGAUAAGACCGUAUUCGGCGUUCCGCUUUUACUGUCGCUUCAAAGAACCGGACAGGCUCUGCCGAAGUGCAUACAAAUAGCGUUGAGGUGGCUGAGAGCGAACGCGCUCGAUCAGACUGGGAUAUUCAGAAAGAGCGGACUGCGCUCCAGAAUUCAAACUCUGAAAGCGAUGACGGAGACUCAGGGAGACAGCAUUAAUUUCGACGGACAACAGGCCUUCGAUGUCGCCGAUUUGGUGAAACAGUAUUUCAGGGAAUUACCGGAGUCGUUGCUCACGAACAAACUGUCCGAAACGUUCAUCGCCAUAUUUCAACACGUUCCGGCGGAGCUCAGACCAGACGCCGUUCAAUGCGUUCUCCUUCUAUUGCCUGACGAACAUCGCGAGGCCCUCGAAGCACUGUUGGAUUUCCUGAACCACGUAGCCAGCAAUUCUCUCUACAAUCAAAUGACCGCUUCAAAUUUGGCCGUUUGUCUGGCACCGAGUUUGUUCCACUUCAACCACACGACGACAAACGUCAGCAAUAGAUCGAACAGCGUUUCUCCGAGGAGAAGAAAGACCGUCGGUAUACCGGAUCAAAGGGAACUCUCGGAAAACAAAGCCGCCAACGACUGUCUACUCUAUUUGAUAAAAACGCAUCGUGAACUAUUCAUGGUUUCUACGGACAUACUGAGUCAGUGUCACUUCAAUUAUAUGGAAGAAAGCGUUCCGGUCGGACUUGAAGAACUUGGCUCGGAGUUGAAGCAAGAUUGGAGAGGGUAUCUUUACACGUGUACCACUGCCCUCCUCAAAGAAGCUCGUGAAAAGUCGCGGGGUUGGGUGAGCAUCAACAAUCCAGCCGAUCCAGGCGUCGAAGUCGCUUACAAAAAAGUUGGGGACGGACACCCGUUGCGACUGUGGAGAACUUCGACGGAGGUUGAGGCACCGCCGAACGAAUUACUUCAUCGGGUUCUGAGGGAACGUCACAUCUGGGAUCCGCAGUUAUUGAAAUACAGAUUGGUCAAUAAACUUGACGCUAAUGUCGAGGUCUUCCAAUAUGCUACGGGGAAUAUGAGCCCACUUCCGGCACGAGACUACUGCGUUCUGAGAUCGUGGCGUAACGAUUUACCGAAAGGUGCUUGCGUGAUCGUCGAAACUUCCGUAGAACAUCCGGAUGCGCCGGUGAUGCUCGGGGGUACCCGAGGAAUCGUUUUAGCCUCCAGAUACCUGAUCGAACCUUGCGGAAGCGGCAAAUCCCGAAUCAUGCAUCUGUCUCGAGUCGACACAAAAGGACGUACUCCGGAUUGGUACAACAAAAGUUACGGUCACAUAAGUGCUUUGCAUCUGAGCAAAAUUCGCAAUUCCUUCAAACACACCACCGACGGUCCGGAGAGUAAAGUCUGAGACGAGGCUACCGUGCAACGGGAAUUGUUGCACGGCGAUCAAUCGCUGCAAGGUGUUCGCGAUCGGCAAAACGAUCAGCACAAAGAGCGCAGAGUCCUUAUGGAUCUGAGGAGAGUCCAGCCAGCCAUUGACGAGGAAUAACAGGAGGGGUUCGUUUUAACAUUCGAAAAAAUGUUCACUUGGAUGAAAAUGAGGUUGGUGGAAUAAUCGAUAUUUAUUUAUCAAGUUGCGCGAUAUUUAUUGAAUCGGGUGUCACGGUCAGAUCAAUUGAUUAACUGUAUUGAUCAACGUCGCGGCUGUGAGUCUUCGAAAAUUGUUAUACUCCGACUUCGGAGUACAGAUUGAAGAAAAAAUUUAUAUUCAAAUAAACAAAUAAAGAUUGGUGGAGAAUGUCAGAAAUCUCGAAUAGCAUGGUAUGUUGAUCUCUCACAGAUGAUUUUAGAUCAUCGUCUUUCUGAACUUAUUCUGUGUAUCGAUAAUAAGGAGAGUAGAAAAAAAAAGGAUAUUUCUAAGUUGUAAAGAGUGAUUGUGAAUUUUUUUUAUCGUUAUCUAGACGGAAGCGUAUCUCGACAGAUAACGAUAUGAAUAAAUUUGUUGUUAUUUCAUUCUUUUUUACUCGUUCUCAGUUUCCCGCGUUUUUAUUGACACACUUGUAUGAUACACACGGAAAUUCAUACGUACGUGGAAUGUUCUUUUUUUUACAUUUAAACACGGAUAUAUUAAUAUUAUAUAUUAUAAAUAUAUAUAUAUACAUACAUAUGUAUUUUGGACCAAAUACCAUUUUUUAAUUAUGAUUGAAAUCUUAUUAAAAAGCACUACUCAUUUAUUCAGAAGCUACGUAACCAUUUUGAACUAUGAAUAAAUUAAAAUGGUGACAAUGAUGAUGGAAAAGUUGUAACCAAUAGUUGUAUAUGAACGUACCUUUUAAUUAAUGUACCUCAUCUAUAGUUGAUAUUUACCUUAGGUACCUAACUAUAUAAAUCGUUUAUCGAGAGUGUUUUUAAACCGUGAUUAACAUGACUAAUAAUAAUUAAGGUUCAAUUAAAUAUUAAGAUCGUUCAAUGUGUGGCCAACAUUUUUCUUUCAAUUAGACACCGAACGAAAGAAAGAAAGGAAAAUUGCGCGCUCAAAAAAAAUAAUUUAACCAAAAUUAUAACUAGAAUCGCUAGAAGAGAUUACCUUUCGUUCGGGAAAGAGUAAGAAAAGAUAAUAAUUGAAACAAAAAAUCGACAAAAAUUACAUAAACUAUAUGUGCCUAGAUGAAAAAUCGUUCAGAGUUACUCGCGGUAAAUCGAUUGCGAACCAAUUGAAAAUUUAAUGAAAUAAACAAGACGAUUUUAUCAUUUUUUUCAACUUAGAAAACUCAAUUGAAGUUUUAGGGACCACGUUGUACGAGGACCCUCCCGAGUAUAAAAUACCUGCGCAUAAUAUAUCUGUUGAUAUGAGGUUAUUAAUGAUAAUAAUGAUUACGAUAAUUAUUAUUAUUAUUAUUAUGAAAUGAAUGUUUUUUAACAUAAAACUAGUCACUUACACGUUAGUUGAGAACGGAUACAUUCAUGAUGAUGGUAUAAGUAUGAAAUGUAUAGAUUUUUAUUCCAUAUAUAACAGAAACACAUAUGAAGAUAGAUGAACAUUAUAUAUUAUGAAUUAUAUACAUGAAUAUAUAUAUGUAUAUUAUAUUUAAAUACAAAUUAAUACAUGAAUAUAUAAGAUAUUUUUGUGUCUACACGCCAGUAAUAAUAUAAAAUUGAUAGGAAAAACGAAAAAAGCAAAAAAGUAAAAAAAAAAAUAUUACAACUAUAAUAAUUGUGUCUUCUAUGUUUAUCAAUUGACAUCAUAUUUAUCUAUUAUACGAUAAUUAAUGUCUCGUUAGGUUGUAAAUAUGUAUAUUGAUAUAUUACGAGGAAUAUAUAUAUUCAUUAAACAAUGA